AUGCCAGAGUCGAUAUCAUCGUCAGGCUCCUCCCGGGCUUCGAGCCGGGAGCGGACAGCUGGACAUCAAGAUUUCAAUAACUUGCGACUCCAACGAACAGAGACUCGUGAGACGCUACAAGAAUUGGGCGUAUCAGAGACACCGCCGGCGCCUGACGUCAACUACCCCGAACUUGGUCGGGCAGAAAACCCGGUGUUCCCUGAAGAGUACACGCUCGAAACCGCGACCGGUCUCGUGCCAGCCAGAACAUUAGAACAGGUCCGGUCCAGAGUAUCGACAGUGCCUUCGCGACUGGGACGACGACUCAGCUAUGUGUCGGAAGGCGAUUUGGAAAAGCACGCGGAGAAAGACGAGGAGUUUGUGACGUUCAAGAUCGGCGAUCCUGAGAAUCCGCACAACUGGUCGCGCGCUUUCCGAUGGUACAUCACCAUGGUUGCGUCUCUGCUCGUGGUGUGCAUCGCUUACGGCUCGUCCAUAGUCACGGGCGGUCUGGGCCUGAUCGAGGACAAGUACAACGUAUCGCUGGAAGUGGCGAUCCUGACCUGCUCCAUCAUGGUCUGCGGGUUCGCCGUCGGCCCUCUGCUGUGGUCGCCGCUAUCCGAGAUCAUCGGCCGACGGCCGGUCUACAUCAUCUCGCUGGGCAUGUACACCAUCCUCAACAUCCCCUGCGCACUGUCGCCCAACAUUGGCGGUCUUCUCGCCUCGCGCUUCAUCUGCGGCGUCUUCUCCAGUUCGGGUCUCGCUCUGGCGGGCGGCACGAUCGCUGAUAUCUGGAACCUCGAGGAGCGCGGCAUGGCCAUUGCCUACUUCGCGGCCGCGCCCUACUGUGGCCCCGUCAUCGGGCCCAUCGUGUGCGGCUGGAUCAACGUCGGCAGCGGGCGCCUCGACCUGUUUUUCUGGACCAACCUGGCCUUCGCGGGCGCCGUCACCGUCCUCGUUGCCCUGGUGCCCGAAACGUACGCGCCGGUGAUCCUGAAGCGCCGCGCCAAGAAGCUGAGGAAGGAGACCGGCGACCCGAACAUCAUCACCGAGCAGGAAAAGGUCAAGCUGACGCUGAAGGAAAUCAUCCGCACCAGUCUGAUUCGACCCAUCACCAUGAUCCUGACCGAGCCCGUGUUGGACCUGAUGUGCAUGUACAUUGUGCUCAUCUACGCCAUGCUGUACGCCUUCUUCUUCGCCUACCCGGUCAUCUUCACCAAGCUGCACCACUACAACGACGGCCAGAUCGGGCUGAUGUUCAUUCCCAUUUUGAUCGGCGCCGCCUUCGCCCUGGUGGCCACGCCCACCCUCGAGAAGCAGUUCCGGAGGAUCUGUCUCGCGCGCGCCCCGACUCCGGAAGACCGUCUGAUCGGUGCCAUGUGGGGCGCUCCCUUCAUCCCGAUCGCGCUGUUCAUUCUCGGCGCCACCUCCUACAAGCACAUUAUCUGGGUCGGCCAGGCCUCGUCUGGAAUCGCUUUCGGGUUUGGCAUGGUUCUCUGCUACUACUCGGUCAACAACUACAUCAUCGACUCGUACCAGAAAUACGCCGCCUCCGCUUUGGCCGCCAAGGUCUUUUUGCGGUCCGGCGGUGGUGCCGCUUUCCCCUUGUUCACCACCCAGAUGUACAACACUCUCGGUCUGCAGUGGGCCUCGUGGCUCCUUGCCUUCAUCGGCGUCGGCAUGGUUUUCAUUCCAUUCGGGUUCUACUUCUUUGGAGCUCGUGUCCGGGCCAAGCUCAACAAAGACUAA